AAAAAAAUCACAAAAAUUGAUAAAAAUCGACGUUCUGUAGCCAAAAUUGAUCUAAAAAUCGGCCAAUAUCUACGAUUAAAUCGCGCCAGUGUAUUCUAUUAACCUAAAAAUAAGUGCUUUCGAUUACAUAACACCGUAAUAGGCCAAUAAACGGAUGAAUAGUUAUCGACGAUGUCGAAAUAGUGUAUUUUGAAAAACCCUGCACUCGACGUUAAUAUCAUCGAGCGGUGGACCGAUCAACUGCUACAAUAGUUACCAUUCCUUCGUGCUUCGUUCGGUAUUGUUGUUCCAUCAGCCGCUAAUAAUUUCAUAUCGAUAAAUUAUACCUAUAUAUAUAUGACUUGCAUAAUGGACUGAGACUGAAACACAUAAGCAUGAAAAUCGCCAGAACAAUAUGUAACAUGUUUGACGAAGGUACGUGCGUUUGAUAAAAUCGUUGUUUUCUGUUCCAAUACCAGCUGUUCGGUCGUUUCGUAGUAGGAUAAAAAUGGAAUCACAAUUCCACAAUUCUAUACUUCAAAUGCCUAUUGGAUUCGCAUCGUUGAAUACAUAUCGUUCUAUGGAAUUUUUAACCCAACAUUUGGAUCGUCAAUACGAAAUCAAACCGGAAAUACCAUUAUUUCAUAUAGAAGAUAAAUCUACGAUGACUGAUAAAAGUAUACUGAAUAGUCUACCGGCUCCUCCCGCAUCUAGUACAACGAAACCGGUGAAAAAGACGACCAACGAGUACAAAACUCAUUCGUGUUACGUUUGUGGUAAAGUUCUAUCUUCCACAUCUUCUUAUUACGUUCAUAUGAAACAACAUUCGGGUCAUAAACCCUAUCAUUGUCCAAUGUGCGACGUCAGUUUCUGUCGUAAACCUUACUUAGAGGUCCAUAUGCGAACACAUACCGGUGAAAGACCGUUUCAAUGCGCCGUCUGCUUGAAACGAUUCACUCAAAAGAGUAGUUUAAAUAUACACAAAAGAGCGCAUACCGGAGAACGACCUUAUUCUUGCGACAUCUGUGAUAAAAAAUUCGCAGUCAAGAGUUACGUCGACGCUCACAGAUGGACUCAUAUAUUCGAGAAACCGCUAUCGUGCGAAAAAUGCAAAAUACCAUUCAAUUCGAGAAGUCAAUACGUAUUGCAUAUGCGAUCUCAUUCGACAUCGUUGGCUUACGAAUGCCCGUGCGGUCGUACUUUUACCAAGGAUAGUUAUCUAAUCAGACACCAAAUUAAAGUACACGGUAAUGGCGACAAUCACUCGAUUCCCGAUCUGAGUUUUCACCCGGUGUAUGUAUCAGACGAUUCUUUAGAUAAAAAAGAGGAAUACGAUGUGCAUUCUCCGGCCACCCGAGUCAGCACCCCGAUGACCGAGAUCAAAGAAGAAAAACCGAGGAUUAUACGUAAACUCGUCAACGCUUCGAGUCUAGUAUCUAUGCCUUCCAUUUCACCGGUGAUUAGAGAAAGUAUCGAAUCGUACGUGCAAAGUUCGUCGAAUCAGUUAGCCAAACUGUAACUUUCAGCUUGACAUUGGUUUGUUUUUUUUUGAGAAAAAAAAAUCAUCCUAAUAUUACCUACCCUUAGCAUAUUGUAGUUUUUGUAUUGUAAUUUUUCAAAUUCAUUUUUAUUGUUUAUUUUUAUACUAUAACCUCUAUUUAAUCUAUAUGAUCUCGUGUAAUAUGCUUAAAAGAGAAAUAAUUAAUACGUUGAUUUAUCACGACGACGAACACGAACCGAACAUUUGUGUAAAUUAUAGUAUCGCUUCUUCGUAGGGUGUAAGAUUUUUUGACGCUUUUGAUCUAUAAGUAUACUGAUCCAUUCAAACUGCGUUUGUUUUGUUUAUCGCUUUGCUUAGGUUAUAGUUUUUGCCUCCCCGACGAUGUUGUAAUAAUUAUUAUAAAGCAGUGAAUUGCGUGUGUUGAGUAGCUCUGUUGAAUUUUUGUGAUAAUGUGGUUUUUUUUUCUAUUGUGUAAUCGCUUCGAGCAAUAAAUAUUUUUCGUGAAA